AUGGUUCAAUCUAGGCAAUGGGGCGGUAUGGAUAAUUUCAUUAAAUAUCCUCCUAUUGCUAAAUUAAUGUCGGCCCAUCCAGAUCAAAGCUUGAUCUCAUUUGCUGUGGUAGAAGGCCUUUUAAUGACUUAUUCUGAAGACUUUCUUCAAAUUCAGCAAAUGUUCAAGGAGAACCAAAUAGAUCUUGCACUAUGCGAUUCCUUUGCCACAGCUUGUUUAGAUGCUGCUAUUGUAUCCAAUAUUCCCGUUGUUCUAACGAGUACCUUAGGGUUAACAUCAGACUUUGUUACACCCUACGUAAAUAACAAAUAUUAUAAUACAGUGGAACUUACCAACGAACGUGAAUCUGUAUGGUUUCGUAUCUACCGUGAUUUCUUUAGAAUUCCGUACGGUCUCUACAAAGUAGCCAAAAAAACACGUCAUGCUUUACAGUUUCAGAAGCAAGUCCUGAAUUUGCCGCCUGCCAUUGAUGCAUCGCACAAACGUUACGAAAAUACAACAAAACUAAUCAAUAAUGUAUUCGGCCUUGAGCUGGCUCGACCACACAGUCCUUUAUUUCAUAUGGUAGGCCCUAUCAUUAGUCGACAAUACCCUGCUCUCGAUAAUGUUACGGCCACUUUCCUUAACAGCCAUUCUCGUGUUGCUUACGUUGCUUUCGGUCAGCAUGCUGUUCCUUCCGAUAACGAUCUUGCACUCAUUCUCUCUUCCUUGUUGAGACUCAAAGCCGAAGGCUAUAUCGAUGGCAUCCUAUGGGCUCGUCUCGACCCAUUACAAAUUCCUACUGCCGUUCGACUGGCAGGCUCUUCAUUGCCUUAUAGCAACAUAACGGUUGAUCCUGAUUUCUUGAUAAGUGCAUGGGCACCUCAAUUCGCUAUUCUGCAGCAUUCUAGUACCUCCUUCUUUCUAACUCAUGGUGGUAUUGGUUCCAUGCACGAAGGUCUUUAUUCCGGCAAACGCCUUUUCGUAUUUCCAUUUUUCGGCGACCAGCCUAUGAAUGCACGCGCGGUGGAACGUACAAAUCUCGGGCGCUUCAUGGAUAUGUUUGACAUUGUCUACGAUAAGGCCACAUACGAAGAAUUUUACCGAAGAAUCAAAGAGGUAGCUGCUGACCCCGAACAUCGAAUUCAAAAGACUGUGGAUCAGUAUAAGACCCAUUUACAAAUCAGAGCAAGUCAUGCUGUGUUGCAAAGUGCAGACCUUCUAGAAGAAUGCAUUUUUGCAAGCGAUGAGUAUGGAAAUUUACCUUACCGCCGUGAUGCAGCCUAUGAUAUGAGCUGGAUCAAACGAUACAAUCUCGAUGUGUACACUGUAGUACUUGUGUGUGCUGCUGUUUUUACUUGGUUAGCAGUAGUUACGGUGCUGCCAAUGACUAUCAGACUGUUGCUGCAGUUACAUUCUAUAGUAACUAUGGAGAAACAAGAAGCAAAUACUAAAUUGAAGAGUUUAUAG